GCUACCAGCUUGUCCAAAAUGGCUUACCAGACUCUACAGCAGGAGUAUCUACAGAUUCCUGUUGUUACCAGGGCAUAUACAACCGCAUGUGUCCUCACAACUGCUGCAGUGCAACUAGAGAUCAUCACACCAUUUCAGCUAUAUUUCAAUCCGGAUUUGAUUCUAAGGAAUUACCAGGUAUGGCGACUAAUAACCAACUUCCUGUUUUUCGGUCCAGUUGGCUUCAAUUUCCUGUUCAAUAUGAUUUUUCUGUACAGAUACUGUCGUAUGCUAGAGGAGGGCUCCUUCAGGGGACGCACGGCUGACUUCGUCUUCAUGUUCCUCUUUGGUGGGCUUCUGAUGACUAUAUUUGGCACUUUUGUGAGUCUGGUGUUCCUGGGCCAGGCUUUCACCAUCAUGCUGGUUUACGUGUGGAGUCGACGAAACCCAAACGUUCGCAUGAAUUUCUUCGGCCUGUUGAAUUUCCAGGCGCCCUUCCUGCCCUGGGUGCUGAUGGGAUUCUCACUUCUGCUGGGAAACUCCAUCAUCGUGGAUCUUUUAGGCAUCGCUGUUGGUCACGUGUACUUCUUCCUGGAGGAUGUUUUCCCCAACCAGCCAGGUGGUGGAAGGUGGCUCAAGACCCCGUCUAUCAUAAAGAUGCUGUUCGACACUCCAGAGGAAGAUGCCAACUACAACCCCCUACCUGAGGAGCGCCCAGGAGGGUUCGCCUGGGGAGAGGGACAGCGCCUUGGAGGUUAAAUCUGCCCCCAGGUCGUCCCUGAUUGUCAGGUCACUUCCAAGGACAUUCCCUCAGAGAGAUGAAGGGAGCGAACAUGGUCUUUGUUUUUGACGUGUUUGUUUAGUUCUGGGUGAAGAAUGCCAAACAACCACAACUGGUUUGGAGAGAACCAUUUGUUGUCUUUGUAUAUGGGCUUAAGUCAUCCUCAGAAACUCUUCUUGAUGCCAGAUCGUUGCUCUAAGACUAUUUGAGAGAACACAAGCUUCGGACGGAACUUUGGACAGUGAGCCUUUUGGCCUGGGUGAUGUUUUUCUCCAUCUCUGAAAAAACAUAUUGGUAUACACAACAACGGUCCUGUGAAAGAGGGAAAAAUGACGGCAGUAAAAUAUUAUCAAAUGAGUUUGUUCAGAUGGCAAGUGCAUUUUUUCUCAUUUCACUUUUUUAAAGAAUAAAUGUGUGUGGCAAAUGAUGCUUUGGUUUCAUCUCUGUUGACUGUAGUAGUGCUGCAUGAAACCAAAGGCUUCACACAAAUGAUAUCAUCUUGUAAUAUCACUCUCUCUAUAAAGCAACUCAUUUUAUACAAAUAUCAAGAUUUGUCCUGUGCCCUCGGCUUCAUAGUCCAGCUUCUCUUCCACCUUCAGCAGGUGAUGUUGUCAGAGCUGUGCUGCUUUUUUCUUUCACUGGUACAAACAGGCUUAUUAUUGCUUGCCUAUUUCUUUUUGUAUGUGACAAUACUUUUGGCUUAUUUAAUAGAUUUUGCACAAAAUAUUUAAUUAAUUUAAAUAUAUACUUACUGGCCCAGCAGCAUGUUUAGCUUAUGUUUGCUUUUGUGAAGGGAUAAGAAUUAAUGUGUUGUGGUGACAUGUCAUAUUAAGAGUAGGACUAAAAAGUUUUGUUGAAUUAUACUUGCACUUUAUAAAAAAAAAUCCUUCAUGA